AUGGAAGUAACAAACGCCCAGUUCACAACAGUAAUUGACUUGAGAAGUGCAUUGACCUCAGCUGGCGUUGCUGUUGAUUUGGUCGAAUAAACCGUCGCUGUUGCUGAAACAGUUAGAGGAGACUUCGUCACAGCCUGAUUUAUAUAAUAUAUCAUGUAAUUAUAUCCUAUAGCAUCUUAAAUGUCUAUC